AUGCUACGUUACAAGGUAUCCGGUCCCGACGAGUACCUCGCCAUUACGGGAUGGCGCGUCCGCACCGUCAAGAUCACCAAGUCAUCCUUGGUGUGGCCAUUCCAGCGUUACUCGCGGUUCAGCGUCCAGCCGCACGACUACGCCAUGGACCUGCAGGCCAUGACAAAGGAGAAGCUCCAGUUUUCGCUUCCCGUGGUCUUUACUGUCGGUCCAGACGUUAAUGCCCGCGGCGCCAACUCCUCCUCGGAAGCGGAAGCGGCAAACGAGGGGACUGCCGGUCGUGAGGAUAACGGCGACGCUCUCAUGAAGUAUGCCAUGCUGCUGGCGGGCUCUGACGACAAAAAGACCGACGCCAGGGCCCACGUGGCCAGCAUCGUCAAGGGAAUCAUUGAGGGCGAAACCCGCGUCCUGGUGUCGAGCAUGACCAUGGAGGAGAUCUUCACUGAGCGGGAGAUGUUCAAGAAGCGAAUUUUUCGCAACAUCCAGGGCGAACUCGACCAGUUUGGUGAGCUAAAGGAUGCUCCCGGAUCCGUCUACUUCGCGUCCCUCUCCCGCAAAGCGCACGAGGGCGCCACCAACCAGGCCAGAAUCGACGUCGCAGAAGCGCAGCUCCGAGGCAACGUCGGCGAGGCCAAGCGCAAGGGCGAGCAGGAGAGAGAAAUCGCCAAGAUCCAGGCCGACACGGCCGUGCAGAAGACGGAGCGGGACAUUGAGCGCGCGGCGGCCGAGGCCCGGCUCAUGACGCAGCAGACACACCUCACGCGAGACGUCGACGUGACGCGCGUCGAGGCGCAGCGCGCGCUCGAGUCCAAGGACGAAGACCUGAAGAAGCAAGUCGAGAUCAAGCGCGCGGCGGCCGAGAUGGAACGCCUGCGCGCCAAAGACGUGGUCCAGGCCACCAUUGCCCGCGAGAGCAAGCAGCAGGCCGCCGACGCCGCCGCGUACGAGGUCACGGCCAACGCGCGCGCCAACCAGGAGGCGAACCAGCGCCUGGCCGACGCCGACGCCUACAAGACGCGGGUCGGGGCCGAGGCGGAAAACUACGCCGCCCAGCAGAGCGCCGACGCCGGCGCCUUCCGCCAACUCAAGGAGGCCGAGGGAAUCUCCGCCAUGGCCGACGCCUACGCCAAGCUGGCGGGCGCGUUUGGCGGGCCCGCCGGCCUCCUGCAGUACAUGAUGAUCGAAAAGGGCACCUACGUCGAGCUGGCCAAGGCCAACGCCGACGCCAUCCGCGGCCUGCAGCCCAAGAUCAGCGUCUGGAACACGGGGGCCAGCGGCGCCGGCGAGGCGGGCAGCAGCGAUCCCACGGCCGCCAUGCGCAACGUCUACCAGAUGCUGCCGCCGCUGAUGACCACCAUCAACGAGCAGACGGGCAUCACCCUGCCCGAGUGGCAGUUUGGAAAGCUCAACGCCGGCAUGCAGGCCAUGAACCAGAGCAAUGUCAAUGGCCAUAAGGCCGCCAACUAG